AUGCUUGUGAAAAGUGUGAAGGAGUUGUUGCUUUUCAAGAAGCUAUCCGACAGGUUGAUACAAGACAUUACAUUGCUUAUUGUAGAAGUAUUGAAAAUUCUUGCACCUAAGGCAACUAGCUUCAGUACAGGUAUUAAGUUUGGACAACAGAAUAGUAGUACAGGUUUUGUUCAAUUACCUAAAAUGGAUGAGGGUCCCACUUAUCAGUAUGUUCCUAUCACUCAAGAAAUCGAAGGACCGACUCAAGAAUCGACUCCUCCAGGAUUAAGAGAGGUGCAGACACGGGGCUAUAUUUUUAAUGUUAGAAAAGAGACUGAAGUAGAAAAGGCUGGUGGAUUUGGAGCCAAUAUUGCUUGUUUGAGAGCAUUACAAGAGGCCAUAUGGCUAGUCUAUCAUAAUCCUUCAAAACCGUCACAAGAAGUUCCAACUACAUGA